GACUAGAGUUUCAAAACACGAGCACGUGCGCUGGUUUAUGGAUAUUAGUCGCCGUGGACAGAAGCAUGGCGGAUACGCCCAAAGUGUUUAAUAUUGCGGUCAUCGGUGUGGGGAUUGCUGGGAGGGUGAGAAUCCGGGACUUGAAGGAGGCUGAGGCUGCAGGGAAAAGGCUCAAAGUAGCAGGAUUUGUUUCAAGGCGCUCUCUUGAAAUUGACGGUGUACCGCAGCUGAACCUAGAUGAAGCGCUGCAGUCGCCGGAUGUAGAUGGCGUGAUGGUGUGCACAGAGCCUGGAUCACACGAGGAUAUAGUACAAAGGGCGCUGGAUCACAGUAAACACGUAUUGGUGGAGUACCCAGUUGCUUUAAGUCCACAGAAGGCCAGACAGAUGUACUCCCAAGCUGCAGAGAAGGGGCUGGUGCUACACGAGGAAAACAUCGCUCUCCUGACAGAAGCACAGGCGAGACUGAAAGAGAAGGUAGCCACAACCACAUCGAGGCUCAUAUCAGGGGAGAUAAGGCUGAAAGGCAACUACAACGGCUGGAUAGAAGACUUCAGCAAGUCUGGCCUCCCCUUCUUGACUAACGUGUCCAUUAUACAGACCGUCAUGGCGGUGUUCGGGAAGGUCAAGGCCACCCGUACCGAGAUGGAGACCACGGAGAAAGGGUUCACUGCCAGUGGAGACCUUGAGACUCACACAGGCUCGGUAAUACGACUAAAGUUGGAGAGAUUCAAAGAAAGGGUGCCCAGAGUAAAAACUCUCAGGUUUGAGUUUGAAGAUGGCAGUGUGUUUGAUACGGAGGGAGACAAACCACCCCAGUCAACCCCAGGGCGUGGCGAAUCCACCCCGGCAGCUCCAGGACCUGGGAAUCAAAGAAAGAAAGGUUUAUUCAUGCAAGAUCUCGAAUUAUUCUUGGAGAAGCUUCAAGGUCAAAGAUCAAGGUCAGAAGGAAGUCAGUUAUCUGUAGAAGCUCUGGAAGUGGCGGCAGGACUCAACUCUCUCAUCGCUGAAUCAAACUGAAGCAUCAUUAAACGCACUUACAUUUACACGUGCUGUAUCAAUAAAUCAUACAGAUAUAUUUUAAUAUUU